AACAUCUUGGAAUAUGCCAAGAAAGCUACCGAUGAAGAUCCGAAACCCAGUUUCUCCUUUGAUUUCAAAUACGUUUACAAGAAGGAUGGUACUAGAAUACCCAUUCCUAAGAAACUUUUCUGUGGUGAAAAAUGUGUCAAUUCAAUAAUCAAAACAUACAAAUCUUGGACCAAACAUUACAAAUUAAGUCCCAAAGUAAUCGAAAAUGUUUUCGGUUCUGAAGAUGAAUUUGAUGAUUAUCUUGAUUGUAAAACUGAUGAUAAACGAGAUACCCGAACAUCUGGUUCUUGUUUAUCACCUCUUCAUUCUUCACUCUUUUAUAAUUAA